AUGUUUCAAUCUGCCUGUGCAUCUCAGACUGCGUCUGGGAAUGUUGACGCACUGGAAGCGUUUUAUGAACGAUUCCCAGAAUACAAAAACAGACCGUUCUAUGUUGGUGGCGAAUCGUACGGUGGUGUUUAUGUGCCGGUAACGUCAGCUGAAGUUGUAAAACGAAUCAAAGUAUGUUCGGUUGUUGAGAUUUUAUCGGUUGAUGAUAUCUUGCUUAAAAUGGAAUACCUUCACUCGCAAAGUAGAACACAGAUUCAUUUAUCAGUGAAGGAGUAG